AUGAACAGGACUUGCUUCUCAUUGUGUCUACAAAUACACGUGUUACAGAAGCCAGUGGAAAAGGAGAUUAGUGUCCACCUACUCAAUGUCCACCGACUCAAUAAGCAUCCGUCCAUAUACCUUCUUCUGUAUCUCUCUACGUCUACUACUCACCCUCCCCACCUUGGUUUGAUCCUCCACCGGCUUCCGUCUGAAGCAACUCCAGACCACCCUCUCCACCCUUCUAAUUUGUCGUCUGAAGGACACAAACGAGAGAACGAAGCAAUUAGAUCUGCUCCGAUUUCCCGAUCGGUUUACCUAAUCUCGGAGAUUUCACAUUGA